UCUAUUAUUAAGAUUCUCAUUUGACUCCCGAGGGUAAACAACAUGGCGGCCGCCGGGCUGAGAGGUCCCUCAAGCAUGAACACUUUGGUCAACUUGUGCCAGAAACUGACGAUUAGUGGAUUCUCUAAGACUGUUAUAAGAUCUCAGCCAAAUAUUACGCAAGUAAGAUGUAUGUCUAGAGUGAAGAGGCGGCACACAGUUCCACCCUUUUGGCACCCAAAAGUAACAAGAACGCUUUACCCUGAAGAAGUAACACCUGAAAACCAAGCAUUUGUAAGUGAAGUCAUAUCAGAAAAGUUAUCCUCGCCUCUCCGAGCUGAGCCAUGGGAACGUGGCCAGUGGACCAAGAACUCCAUCCGAUGUGGGCUGAUUGCAAAAAAGAUUGGUAUAUACCCCAUGUGGACUAAAGAUGGAACCAGGAUUUUAACCACUUUACUGCAGGCUACUGACAACCAUGUCAUUAAUUACAUCCCGCCUGAGGACUUGGCUGAGAAGAGCUUUCACCCUUUGAAGUCAUCAAAGCUUGGUGCUCUUAUUGUCGGCACGCAGUCUGUAGAUCCACGGGAGAUAACAAAAGAAUACUUCACUCUGUUCAGUGCGGUAGGAGUUCCCCCAAAAAAGAAGUUAACCAAAUUUCUCAUUACUCCAAAUGCCAAACUUGCCCCUGGAACUCCUCUGUACGCAUCUCACUUCCAGCCUGGAGCACACGUUGACAUAGCAGGCAUUACGAUAGAUCGGGGUUACCAAGGCGUGAUGAAGAGGUGGGGCUUCAAGGGUAUGCCAGCAUCUCAUGGUGUAACGAAGAGUCACCGCAGGGGAGGAAGUAUUGGUUCUGGUAGAGAAAAAUCCCGAGUCUGGCCGGGACAGAAGAUGCCAGGACAUAUGGGCAGAAAUCGAAGGGUUAUUAGAGGACUGAAGGUAUGGCGUAUCAACACACACUACAAUGUCCUCUGGGUGACUGGGCCAGCGGUACCUGGGCCGACAGGUGCAUACGUCUAUCUGUAUGAUAGCAUCUUACCUGCUCAUCAGCUCCACCGCGAACAAAAUCCUCCACCCUUCCCAACUCUUUUCCAGGAUGAAGUGAAUAUUGAUGAAGAAUUGUUUGAUGAAAAUUUACACAAUUUUUCACAGCCAUCAAUUUCCUUUGCAGAGAAAUAAGUAGGAAAAUUGAAGAUUUUUUUUGUUAUAGUAAUAUGUCAAAAUGAGCAAUGCUGAAAUUCAUUGUAAAGCAUCAAGAAUUGUAAAUUGUAUUGUAAAUAUUUAUGUACUUGUAUGUUAAAGAUGAAAAAAGAAAGUCUAAGAAAACCGUUUUUCAUUCAGUAUUCACACAAUGCAAAAUAGAAUUAAUAAUGGUAGCACUAGAAAAUCUGGAAAGUUCAGAGGAAUAAGAAAAGAGAUGAAAAGAUUAUAAUGUUUAUUGUGUACAUGGAAUAGUACCUGCAAUGGCAGGGACACAGGAUGUAUAUACACCAAAAUAAUUGAUUUUAAAUAUCAGAAAUGAAUUACACCUUCAAAUAAAGCAAACAUUGUCUUUAAUCUCUCUGGGUUUAAUUUAAUAUAAAAUUGUGGGGGGUUGACUUAUCUACAGAAAUAUACAGAUUCAGGGAGGAGGACAACUCUAAAGUCUCAUUACUAUCUUUUGUCUGCUUUACCAUAUGAACAAAUUUCCAUUAUGCCUCUGAUUAUCAAUAAUCAUUGCAGCAAAGCUUUAAAUGUCAAGAAAAGCAGUGCACUUCUUUUAAAUCAUGAUAGCAGCAAUGUUAAGCACAGGAAAUAACCAUUUGAAGUUUAAAAUGUGUGUCCUAACAUUGGCUGUAUGCUAUACCAUUUCACAGUGAUAUUUAAAUGUAAAAAAAAGUCCCAUUUCACACUCCCAA